CAACAACGAAUCACGCAUAUCAGCGACAGGUCCAACAUUUCGCGCUGUUUCUUGUUGUGCGCGCUGUCGAUUUGUUCUUUUCUCGUGUGGAAUUGUUAAAAGUUAAGUUUCUUCGCAAGUCAGUAUGAGCUCGUUUGAGUCAUCAGCACUCGGGUUAUGGGGUGGAGAAAGUGAAGAUAUAAUAAAACGAGAUUUCCCAAUCCACAGGGCAUGCCGCGACGGCGAUAUUGAUGCUUUGCGAAGAGCAUGGGCUGUAACAUCUCAUGAUCAGCUGAGGGCCGAAGACAAAUUUUAUGGUUGGACGCCAAUUCAUUGGGCAGCUUAUUUUGGAAAGACCCAAUGUCUGGAUGUACUUUUGGCGUUUGGUGUUGGAGCAAAUUUGAGCACAACGAAGUUUAAACAAACACCGUGUCAUAUUGCUUCUUUCGGUGGUCACCCAAAAUGCUUGGUUAAAUUACUGAGAUCUGGAGCAAAUUUUCACGCACAAGACUAUUUAGGAGAAACUCCAAUACAUAAAGCUGCGCGUGUUGGAAAUAUAGAGGCCAUUGGCGUUUUACUGACCAAUGGCUCGCGAGUGAAUUUGUGCAAUAACAACGGUCAUACGCCGUGCGAUUUGGCGAGAAUGCAAGGCUUUCAAGAGUGCGUGCGCCUCCUCGAAUCAUCGGCCCUUCAGGAGGUUUCUCGAAAUAAUAAGCAUGGCGCAUCUGGACUUAUUGUUCACAGACUAAAUGGUAACAUCAACAACGGCCGUCAUCCACCCGAUGUAAAUGGAAAUAUGCGACCCAGGAAAAGGAUGUUAGACGACGAAAGUAUCCCGACUUAUAAGCGUAGCAGAAUAGAAUUUCCUAACGGUUAUCAUAACGGUAUUCUGGCCAAUUCAAAUGAUAUUAAUAUGGAAAUGGAGGACGAAUCUACAAUGCCAGUAGAAAAUUCAUUGGACAAUAACAGUAUUGUACAUGAUAAUAAUCCAAACCAAUGUAGACGAGCGCCCAGCCCUGGAAUGGAUAUUCAACUACAAGAAAUGGAUAUGCAAUUAUGGUGUCACCAAAACGGCUAUGGCGACACAGCAGAGACAAUGCCGUCGCCUGAUAAAAGUUCUUGUUUCAAACACCGACAAUCAUUUAGUAAAAAUGGACAGAGGCUUGAAAAUUCCCCAGUCUGUGCCAGAGGAAUACAAGCAAGGGGAUGGCAUUGGAAUUAAUUAAGUAUGGGGCAAACAUGCAACGUGCACAAAUUGUACAUAUGUUUAUUUAAUACAGGACUCAUGCUUUGCUAUGAAGAUUUUUCUCAUACUUACACAAUGAACUAAUAAUAUCCAAUUGCUACUUCACUGCUCAAAAUGUCAUCCUUUUUUCAAUGUUUUUAUUUUUUGUUCCAUGUUACUCAUUUUUAUAUGUGCAGUAUCUCAGUUGUUUGUUGAACAUCGAUGGUUGAAGUUAUGAAUUGCUUACCAAUUUUAAUAACUUAUUUUUAAGAAAUUUUUGUGCACUAGAUUUUCUUGUUGGUGAAGGUUUCUGUACCUUAAUGAAUUUAUAGGUAAUUUGGGUUGUAGUUUUUUUUAGCUUUUUGUUUUUCGCUGUUAUUUGCUUAUUUGUCGCUGCUUUAUGUUUUUCAAACCUGCCCUUUGCGGGUCUUUUUUAUUUUCUAUAUACUGUGUGAUGAUAAUCAUUUGACCGUGUAGAAAUGAGAUAAUUCCUCAAUUUGUAAAAGGAUUAUGUUACUUUCUUGUAUCGCCGACUCGAUUAUAAUUUAAGACGCCGUCGUGCCGUACUUGACAGACUGUUGUAACGACACCGAAGUGAGGAAGUACAAUUUCAUAAAUCUGACGCCCGAGGAUAUACACAAGAAAAACGAGGUUAAUUGGGAUUAAUACGCAUCGAAUAUAUGCUUUGUCGACUGCCUUACAAGACGUUCCAGCGACCGAGUGAAUCGAUAGAGAUAAAUGGCGACGCAGGUGCGCGAAAGACCCGUAUGGAAUGAUAUUCUUUUUGCGCCCGAAGACUCGAUUUGACGUCUAAUUUUUAAAGUUUGACUAUGAUCUAACAUCCCAAUCAAGAAUGAAGGUAUAUUUUAAGUUGCGGCGGGGAAAUUUUCUUACCGCACUAUAUGCGUAAGCCUGUUAAACACACUUUUCUUGGUGUUGCGCAUGCAUACAUAAUUUAAGCACCAGAAUAUUCUGAUGAUGUAACAGAAGUUACGCGACACCCCUAAAGAAACGAUGCUUUUGAAUUAUUGCGCUGCGUUGGUGUGACUUAGUGUCCAUUGAGCGAAAGAAAGUCUAUUCGUAAAACUGUCUUAUGCGAGAAUGUAGUAUACUCGGUGUUAAUUUCAAAUUUCUGACACGCUCUCGUGUGCUAUUCCAAAUCAUUAAUAAAAAACUACAAUCAAUCAA